AUGGCUCAGUUUGAGGAAAAUUGUGAAAUUUCAAAAUCAAAUGAAUUGGGACGAUUUUUGAUUGCAAAACGCGAUCUCGCUCGUGGACAACUUGUGUUGGUAGACCAACCUUUCGCUAUUGGACCUUACUGGGAUUCGGAGAUUGUCUGCUUGAACUGUUUCCGGAAUUCUUGCACAAUCUGCAGGAAAUGUAGAAGAGCACCGCUCUGCUACGAAUGCGUGGGCCACAACGAAUCGGAAUGCGACUUCUAUCAAGACUCAAAUUUAGAUAUAAAUUUUUUGUUCAACCAUUUCAAUGUAGUAACGGUAGUGCGAUGCUUACUGCUGUUUCCAAACAAUCGGCCGAAAUUCGAUGAAAUGAUGAGAAUGGAAGCACAUCUGGAGGCACGUCGAGGAUCGGAAAUAUGGAAUAUCCAUGAACAGUGCGUCGUGAGACCGUUGUUGGAAAGCAGUGCGUUUCAAAAACACACUGAUCUCGACUUGACUGGAGAACUGAUCCAGCGAAUCUGUGGUAUUUUGGAUGUGAAUGCCUUCGAAAUAAGAGCGAAUGUGGAUAAUCAGGGUAUAAAUUAUUUGGCGCGUGCUUUGUACCCAAAAACGGCAUUGAUGACGCACAACUGCGUGAGUAACACUCUGAUCUCCGUGGACGGACAAUACAAUGUCAAAGUGUAUGCAACUGUUCCCGUUUCCAAAGGAGAUUUGUUAUACUACAACUACACGAGAAGUUUGUUUGGAACGUUCGAGCGGCGUGCCCAUUUGCGCAGAGGAAAGUAUUUCCUAUGUUCCUGUGCACGUUGCAAUGAUCCCACCGAGCUGGGGUCGCACCUAAGCUCAGUACAGUGUACGGCAUGUGAAGACGGAUUGUGUUCAUAUUAUACUAAGGACACGAAAUGGCAAUGCAGCAAAUGCGGCAAACAAAUAGAUCGUGAUUACGUGAAGCAAGCAUUUACAUCUGCCAGAAAAGAUGCUAUGACUUGUUCUUCCGACAUUGAUGACCUGGAAAGAAUAAUCAGCAGACACUCGAAAACGUUGAACCCACAUAAUUCUCUGGUCCUGGAAAUGAAGCAAACACUAGCUGGAGAACUACGCAACCUGUGUCAGUCUUCCCACCCAGUCGACAUCCCGAAACAAAUUCUGGUGCGUAAACUGGAGUUGUGUGGAGAAAUGCUCCAGAUUCUACGGGUGCUAGAGCCAGGGAUUUCUCGGCUAACCGGAAUUGCACUGUACGAACAUAACAUGGCGCUAUGGUAUCUCGGCAAGCAUGAUUUCGAAUCCAAAUCGAUUUCAUGUGGCGAUUUGCUGCACCAACUCGUGGAUGCGGAAAAUGGUCUAAAGGAAUCGAUCAGUAUGCUACUGUUUGAUCAUCCAACCACACCGGAGGGUCAGCUAAGCAAACGGGCCAUGUGCGAGCUGAAGGAGCUACGGGAAGAAAUAUCACAAGUGAAGGCUUUAGUCGAAGAUGCGCGUACAGCGAAAGCAACGACAAAGUGUAGUAAGAAAAAAAUGUCGAAACAAAAAUAA